AUGGACCGUCAUAACGAACAACAGCAGCACCGGCCGUAUCUCCGUUCGUUCAUGGAGCAACACCGUCGAACGGAGGAAAAUCCGAUGCAAGAGGAGGAUCUGCUGGACGCUGAAAUAGAACACCCAACACCUUGUCAGGGCAUAGACCUGACAGCGGAAGGAAACACAGAAGCUACCGCUGCGGAAAGCUCCGGCUCGGCUCGCGGAACCGCAAACGUUCGGUCCCGUGUACGCUACUGGCUGAACGACAUCGUCGAUGAAAUGCGAAAGAAAAGCCCGGCUUCGGUACAGAAAUGGGUCGAUUCAAUACAGAUACCAACGAGCGCAAAUGCGAGUGGAACGGUUGGUGCCAAUACCGUUGCCCCCUCACAGGACGAUCCGACGGUGUACGAAUCAGAAUUUUCCCGGUCCACUCAGCUAGCGGCGCCAGUAUCACAAACAGAUGAUCCAGACCGUGAGCACGCAUGGGAAGAAACCGCGGAGCCAUCCGAACCUGAAGUGGAACCGGAAGAUGAUCAACUUGCCUUCUCCUACGAUACUCAUGAAAAUGCCAACCAUCCGGAACGCGUACUUAUCGAACACAACCUCAAAAAGAACAUUGGUAUAGGUACCACCUACGGUGUUCCCACCGAGCCACAAAGCACAUCUCUUGCCACCAGCACACCGAAAGCAAUCAAAUCUGAUGAAUCUGCAAAGCAAUCGCCAGUAACGGAGGGAAAUCCCGGUUUGUCAAUUCGUAACUUUCUAUCUAAAAAGUCGUUACUGGGAAAGUUUAGUCGAUCUGGUUCGAAUCUCGACCACGGUCCAACGAUUUCGGGUGAGAGUGAAAAUCCGGACGCAAUGGAGACUGUACGAAAAAAUACGGAAGAGGGAGUGUCACCCACUUCUUCGCGCUUUGUGGUCGGUAAAAGCAAAAUAAAUGAAUUUUACGAUAAGCUCAACAUGAACAAAGCAAAGUAUGGAUUGAUCAAAGCGAAAAAGCUUGAUAUUCGCAAUAUGCUCAGCGGUGGCACUAGCGUUCGUGAAAGUGCUGACGAUCGGAAAGCGCAUGAACCGCAGUCUUUACACAUACAAUCACCCUCGGACGACUUCAUUACCGAUGGAACCGUGCAAGGAUUCGAUGGUGAACUGGAUCCCGUGGCAAGUGAAUCGGAACAUGAGCGAUCCGUUUCACCGCAACACCACGAACCGUUGGAAGUAAGCGUCGUGGAUGUGGAUCCUUCCGAUGCGUACGAGUUUUCCUUCGAUGAAUCGUUCCCCAAAUCCGACGAGCUAAUUCCGGGUAUGAUAAGCGAGGAAGAUGAAGAGGAAAAGGAAAACAUACUCGAUAGUGCGUCCGUUAUGCCAAGCCAUGGGCACGGGUACGAUGCGUACCUUAACCCACCGAAACCCAAGUCGCAUCGCAUGGGUAUCGGACGCAUUGGGCGCAGUUCGAGUGAGAAUCCACGUGCCACCGCUCGGCGCUACAACCUAAUGGAAAUCGGACGAAGCUUCAGCGAGAUGAACGAUGAUGAUGAUUCGUUCGCGAUCAGUGAGUGCAAUAACAGCUGUCCGAACCCGUCGUCGCUAAACACCAGCUCGAGCAUCAACAAUGGCAGCAGCAAUAAUCUCACACGUUCCGUUCCUGUCAGUCCGAUACCGCGAACGUCAAGCAAGCUCAGCAUUCAGCAGGAUCCACAACAGCACCAGUUACACCAGCAGCAGCAGCAGCAACAGCAGUCAUCGUCUCCACGGCGUCGCAGCACGAUGCUAGUAAAGGAUAAUUCACUCCAAUCCGAUUCCAGUCGAUGCUCGAGCGUUGAGAGUCUGCUGAACGCGCGCAAACCGGAUCCGGAAAAGAUACUGCUCAAUCUGGGCUUUGGACCGGCACCGCACAGUACGGAUGUGUUGGCAAAAAUACCGAAACGGUUUUUAAAACCAUCCCAAGUGCGAGGAGUCGAUACGGAAGCUUUCUUGCGACAGCAGCAACUUUCGAUGCACAUCCAUGAGAAUAGUGUUCUCGGCUAUCGGGGACUAGUAGGUAAUCCGCACAUUCCACCUUCGAUGAUAGUGGCCAAAAUAAUGGAACGGUUUCAGGAGAAUGACACAAAGACACGUCUCACGGCCACCGGCGUUCCGCUACUGCAGUCGUCCGACAGUCGCAACUCGUCCGGUCCACCGUCACCCGUUCCGAUGACACGGCAUGCCUCUCUAGCGACAGCUGAUGGUCGUUUAAAAUACUAG